AUGUCAAAUGAUUAUAUUAAAGUGGUGCCAGACGCGGCGCCCACGUUUGAUGAUUUACUACGAGUAGUUGAUCCAGUUAAGCAAAUAAACAUAACUGAACAUGCCGCCGCCCUUGUAGGCAUGAGCGGCCGCGGUGCGGGGGGGCAGCGCUGCCAGCUAAUCUUGCAGCGUUGCCUCGCGAUUCAUCUCACCAAGCCCGGCAACGCGCCCGACGACUUCUGGAUGUACGACUCAGGAUACUUGCUCUUCCAGGUAUCUACAGAGUUUAGGCAUCGCAAAAGGUGUACCGAAAAGAAAUCUCGUUUACGAAAUGCUUUCAUCAGGUGAACGAACGAAUAAUAAAAGAGUUUAAUGUUGCCACCACAUCACGCGUGGGACAUGAAAUAUUGUGUCUAAACGCCAUAUGUGCUAGACACAAACAGCUUUCAUUUCUUUGACGCAUAAAAAUUUCUAUAAAGGUG